GACCUGGCCGUGUGCCAUCCGCCCAGGUGGGCGGGCCUGCCGCCGCGGCGCCGACCGCGGAACCCCGCGCUUUGAGGCUGGCACGCUGCAGGCGGCGCGGGGGGCCGCCGACGUUGCCGUCGGAAUCCGCUCUCAGGCCGACAUGCUGCCAUGA